CCGACCUUCACCCCACAAAGAUAUACCGUCUGGUGGUGCUAUUCACGGAGAAGCCCGUCCCUCCAGGCUCUAGCGGUCCCACCACGGCUACAACACACUCCCUGUCCUCCAGCUCUCUGUCAUACCCAUCAGACACCGCCUCGGAGAUCAGCGACUCCGCCUCCUCAGGCUCUGCACGUCGCAGGCGAAGAAAGCUGAGCAGGCAAAGACGAAGUGCGCUGGCUCGUCAGACCACGGCAGAGUCUGGAAGGACUGUGAGCAGUAGUGUGGACGGUGCUGACACCACACACAGCAUUGAGGCUGAAGACAGACAAGGCAAAGGGCAUGGCGCCGCUGGUUCCAAGCUGAAACGGAAGUCUUCAGUCGGUUCCCCGUCUGUUGCAAGGGCAACCAAGCAUGACAGUGACUCAUCAACUUCGAAAGCGAAAAAGAAAAGCGCGGAAGGCAAAAUGGACGUUGGACGAAGCAACCUGGACAUCUCCCGCACGUCUGCAAAUUCGGGGGGAGAACAUCAUCGAGGGAAAGUUGGGAAGGGAGAUAAAGCUUCAGAGAAAGCGAGGAAGUGUAGGAACGAUUUAAAAGGAGAGGUGGGCAAGAAGGUGAAGAAAAUCGAGAAGCAGACAGCGACGCAGUCUUCUCCUCAUCAAACAAGCGAUACCGGAAGUGGGAUGGAUGACGACGAAGAGAGGAGAAAAGUCAAGGCCACUGGGAGUCCUCAUAAAACUGGCGGCGGCAAAAAGUCAAAAGACAAAAGCAAAAAGUCAGAGGGGAGGGAAAAUCAAAGGUCGCCACACUCUAAAUCAGGUGGUCACCACGGACGACAUAACGACCGACACCACCGGCACAAUCAAAUCGACGAGGAGUUCUACGACGACGACUAUGACGAAGACGACAACAACAGACGGACCAAGUCUCCACGCCACGGCUGGGCCACAGCCAAGGACCUCAAGAACGCGCUCGCCUUCAUGUCGGAGACGGGGGAGGUUCGAACCGUGGUUCUGAAACCCGGGGAUGACGGGCGAACACUCUACGUGGUUGAUCCACAAUAAAACGAAGUCUGCAGACAUCCAACCC